AUGUGCCAGAGAUGCGAGCGCCUUGGCAAAGAAUGUGUCUUUCUCGAGUUGUCACAACGGAAGCGCAAGCGCAGCGAGUCUAGGCGCGUGGAAAAGCUUGAAAAUACAGUUAAUCAGCUGAUUACGCACUUGACAGGCCUGACAGGACAGGAUGUAACACCGCUAGCAUCACCCUCCCGAACAACACAGUCCGUGAUUUCUUCUGCCGAGGGCAUGUUGGCUAUACCAAGUAAUAGUUCUCUUUCACAAUCAGGGGACCUGCAAGACUGCAGUCCAGAGCCCGUAAUUGGACAUCAGAGUGCUUGCUCUGUUGUUUUGGAAGCUCUCAAUCACGAUGAAACAGAGGCACUCCUUCAGAAAUUCCAACAAAAAUUCGUCCCUAUUUUUCCUUUCGCGGCGAUUUCUGUAUAUAAAGGCUCCUAUCACAUCAGACAUCUAAACCCUUUUCUGUUCCUGUGCAUCAUGGCCGUAACUAUAGGACCAAAGCAUCCUUUACGGGCGCAUGUGCAACAUGAAGUCAUGAAUCAGGGCAUCCGCCGAAUGAUGCGCGGACUGGAGAGAAACCUUGACCUCCUCCGGGGAUUUCUUGUCUUAGCUAGCUGGUGUCACCUCUUCCCGUUUUCCAACAGCUCUCGCCCCGAUGUCCUGAAUCUCAUUCAGACGUGCAUUACACUUUGCUACACGCUCAACCUUGAACAUAAAGCAAAAUUGACGCUAGAAGAGCAACGGGCUCUGCUAGGAACCUACUGGAUAUCGAAAUGGUUUGUUCUCCUCGACUAA